AUGGCUGAAAAUGUGAUUAUUGACGGAGAAGGGAUACGUAAGCCUACCAUUGGUGCCACCCAUUUUUCACUUAAUCCACUGAUGUUUCAAAUGCUUCAAACAAAUGGCCAAUACGCUGAUUUAUCUUUUGAAGACCCUCAUUCUCAUUUGCGUUCUUUCAUGGAAAUCAUAGACUCUUUUCUCAUCCCUGAUGUUUUAGACGAUGCUCUGAGACUAAAACUUUUUCCAUUUUCACUAAGGGAUCGAGCAAGAGCAUGGUACAAUUCUUWGCAACCAGACUCUGUGACUACAUGGAAUGAAAUGGCAGAAAAGUUUUUGAAAAAGUAUUUUCCACCCACGAGGAAUGCCAAAUCCAGAAAUGAAAUUUGUACUUUUAGACAACUGGAUGAUGAAGCAGUUCCUGAUGCAUGGGAAAGACAAAUGCUCGAUGCUACUGCAGGCGGAGCUUUCACAGCUUGUACCUAUAAUGAACGUUUUGACAUACUUGAAAAUAUUUCUAAUAAUAACGGACAAUGGUCUGACCCACGUGCAAUGCCACUGAAGAAAACAGCUGGAAUAAAUGAGGUAGAUGUUGUCUCGGCAUUAACGGCUCAGAUCACUAAGCUAAUUUCAAAUUUAACAUCUAGCCCACAUGUGCAAUCUGAUGCUAAUACCUUUAAUUCCAAUGUUCAAUCAGUACAAUGCGUGUACUGUGGUGAAGAUUUUGUGACUACCAUUCCUGUGAGUACUAGUGAGCCGCAACCCAUAGUCAGGCCCAUAGAUAGUACAGACAUUCCUGAAAUAUCAGAUUUUCCACUGUUAUUUCCUGAUGAACCCAAGACAACACAGACUCCCAAAGAAAGUGUUGUAGUGAAUGUGUCACAAUCUGGUGACAGUCCCGCAAUAAAAGACCAGACCAGUCCUUUAAUCCCUGUUAGGACUGAAUCAGAACCAAUUGUGAGACCAGUUUUGAAACCGAUUCCAGCACCAACUCUUCAAAAGACUACGUCUCUUAUUGCAUUGCACAUAAACAUACCCUUGGUUGAAGUAAUUGAGCAGAUGCCAAGUUAUACAAAGUUUUUAAAAGACAUUUUGAGCAAAAAGAAAAAGUUGACUGAAUAUGAGACCGUAGCUCUGACUGAAGGUUGCAGUGCUUUGUUGUCCAGUAAAAUUCCUCCUAAGAUGAAAGAUUCUGGAAGUUUUACAAUCCCUUUUUCAAUUGGAGGAAAAGAAAUAGGAAAAGCUCUAUGUGACUUAGGUUCCAGCAUAAACCUAAUGCCUUUAUCUGUCUUCAAUACCCUAGGCAUAGGUGAAGCUAGAGCUACAACUAUAACUCUUCAGUUAGCUGAUAAGUCCAUAGCCUAUCCCAGAGGAAAGAUUGAGGAUGUCCUAGUUCAGGUUGAUAAGUUUAUUUUCCCAGAUGAUUUUAUCAUCCUAGACUUUGAAGCCGACAAAGACAUUCCCAUCAUUUUAGGGAGACCUUUCCUAGCUACUGGUAGAACCUUGAUAGAUGUACAGAAGGGAGAAUUAACCAUGAAAGUCCAAGACCAACAAGUGACUUUUAAUGUUUUUAAUUCCCUUAGGUACCCGAAGGAAAGAGAAGAGUGUUCUGCUUUGAGUCUGAUAGAAACCUGGUGUCAAGAGAAAAGUUUGGGGGAAAUCUUAGGUUUAUCUGAGACUGAUAGUGAUGAAGAGGAAGAUUUUGAGGAAUUAGAAACACCACAAGAAUCUGCUGCUUUUAAAGUUUUAGAAUCUGAGGAUAGGAAGAUUCUUGUUCCUUCCUUAGAUGUUGCCCCAAAUUUAGAGUUAAAACAACUUCCCUCACAUUUGAAGUAUGCCUUUUUAGGAGAUUCAGGGAAGUUUCCAGUCAUUAUUUCAUCAUCAUUAGAAGUUGACCAAGAAGAAAAGUUGGUUGACAUGUAG